AUGAAAACCAGCCCCCGUCGGCCACUGAUUCUCAAAAGACGGAGGCUGCCCCUUCCUGUUCAAAAUGGCCCAGGCGAAACAUCAGAGGAGGAGCCUAAGAAGCCCCCUGCCCAACAAGAGCCUGGUCAAACACAGGCCUCCAAGGAGGUGGCAGAGUCCACCUCUUGCAAGUUUCCAGCUGGGAUAAAGAUUAUUAACCACCCCACCAUGCCCAACACCCAAGUGGUGGUGAUCCCCAACAAUGCCAAUAUCCAGAGCAUCAUCACAGCAUUGACCGCCAAAGGAAAAGAGAGUGGCAGCAGUGGACCCAACAAAUUCAUCCUCAUCAGCUGUGGGGGAGCCCCCACUCACCCUCCAGGACCCCAGCCUCACGCCCAAUCCAGCAAUGAUCACAAGAGGAGAGAAGUGAUCACUGAGACCCUGGGACCAAAACCUGCAACUACAGAUAUGAAUCUUCCUAGACCACCUGGAGCCCUUCUUGGGCAGAGAUGGGAGAACUGCGCUGGCGGUGAGGCAGCAGGCUGCACUCUUAACAACAGCUUGACCAACAUCCAGUGGCUUGGAAAGAUGAGUUCUGACGGACUGGGCCCCUGCAACAUCAAGCAAGAGAUGGAGGGAAAGGAGAAUCGGCACUUGGAGCAGAGUCAGGACAAGGUUGAGGAGCUUCCAGCAGUAUCAACAUCCUGGCAGGACUCUGUCUCUGAGCGGCCCCCGUACUCUUACAUGGCCAUGAUACAAUUUGCCAUCAACAGCACUGAGAGGAAGCGCAUGACCUUAAAAGAUAUCUACACUUGGAUCGAGGACCACUUCCCCUAUUUUAAGCACAUGGCCAAACCAGGCUGGAAGAAUUCCAUUCGCCAUAACCUUUCUCUCCAUGACAUGUUUGUUCGAGAGACAUCUGCCAAUGGCAAGGUCUCCUUUUGGACCAUUCACCCCAGUGCCAAUCGGUACUUGACCUUGGAUCAGGUGUUUAAGCCACUGGACCCAGGGUCUCCACAAUCGCCCGAGCACUUGGAAUCAGUAAGACAGAAACGACCCAAUCCUGAGCUCCGCCGGAAUGUGACCAUCAAAACUGAACUCCCACUGGGCGCACGGCGGAAGAUGAAGCCACUGCUACCCCGGGUCAGCUCAUACCUGGUACCCAUUCAGUUCCCAGUGAACCAGCCACUGGUCUUACAGCCCUCAGUAAAGGUGCCAUUGCCCCUAGCAGCUUCACUUAUGAGCUCAGAGCUUGCCCGCCACAGCAAGCGAGUCCGUAUUGCCCCCAAGGUGCUGCUAGCUGAAGAGGGCAUAGCCCCUCUGCCCACUGCAGGGCCAGUGAAAGAGGAGAGGCUCCUGUUUGGAGAAGGGCUGUCUCCUCUGAUCCCAGUUCAGUCUGUCAAGGAGGAGGAAAUUCAGCCCGGAGAGGACACGCCACACUUGGAGAGGCCCGUGAAGGUGGAGAGCCCGCCCCUGAUAGAGUGGCCCUCGCCAUGCCCAUCUGUCAAAGAGGACCUGUCUCAAUCCUGGGACGACUCGUCCCACUCUCCCACUCCAAGGCCCAAGAAGUCCUACAGUGGGCUCAGGUCCCCAGCCCGGUGUGUCUCUGAAAUGCUCGUGAUUAAACGAAGAGAGAAGAGGGAGAUGAGCCGGUCUCGGAGGAAGCAGCACCUACUGCCUCCCUGUGUGGAUGAGCCCGAACUGCUCUUCUCAGAGGCCCCUGGGACUUCAAGACGAGCCACAGGGCUUGCUCUCCCCUCAGAGUCCUCUGUGCCUGCCUCCCAGUGUGGCUACUCCCAGGAGGAGGGAGGACCUUUUAAGACACCCAUUAAGGAGACGCUGCCCACCUCCUCCACCCCAAGCAAAUCUGUCCUCUCCCUGACCCCCGAAUCCUGGAGGCUUAUACCCUCAGCAAAAGUUGAGGGGCUAGAUUUCAGCCCAGUACGAACCCCUCAGGGUGCUUUUGGCCCACUACCUGAUUCCCUGGGGCUGACAGAUCUCAGUACCACCCCACUGAAAAGUAUCCCCCUCUUUGACUCACCCCGAGAACUCCUCAAUUCUGAACCCUUUGACCUCAAUUCUGGCCCCUUCAGCAGCUGUUCCCCUUCAGAGAAGGAAGUCCCCAAGCCAGGCUCUCCCGAGCCACAGGUUGCCAGCCUUUUAGCCAACCGUUCCCUGACGGAGGGCCUGGUUCUGGACACAAUGAAUGACAGCCUGAGCAAGAUUCUGCUGGACAUCAGCUUCCCUGGCCUGGAGGAUGACCCGCUGGGCCCUGACAACAUCAAUUGGGCUCAGUUCAUUCCUGAGCUGCGGUAG